AUGAGGCAGCAACAGAUACCCUGGGCUUUCUGGGUACUUUCUUCAUACGCGGGACUGGCGCUGGCAGUACCCUGCAAUCGGCUGAGUAACCCCUACGUAGUCUCAGGCUCUGACUUGCAGUUCGAGGUUGUUUGCAAUUCAUACUCAACGGGCGGCGAUCAGAUCGGUCCCAGUUUUGAGUUGGGCGAUUUGGAGACAUGCAUAAGCCUGUGCGCUGGUACCACAGGAUGCAAAGUCGCACUGUUUGACCGAAGUCAGUUCCUGUGCUACUUGCUGGACGGGACAGAUGGACCAGCUCCCAACAAUUUGUACGACAUGGCUGCUUUGCUGUCAAUCCCGACAACCACGGCGAUACCAUCUACGACAUCCGUGGCUACUACGACAUCCGUGGCUACUACAACACAAUCUGCUGGGCCGGCGCCAACACCUUGCAAUCAGCUUGAUAACCCGACCUACAUCGACGGCGUGAAAUUCUCAAUCAUUUGCGGGUCACAAUCAACUGGCGGCAAUCAGAUCAACUUCAGCAAUCAGUUGCGCAGCUUGACAGAAUGCAUGACAUUCUGCGCCGAAAACCUGGCGUGUCCCGCAGUCACGUUCAACAAUGCUUGGCAGGAGUGUGCCUUGUAUGAUGGCUUUAAUGGUUUUAUGAGCGACCUGGAGAAGGAUAUGGCGGUAGUUGCAUCUCGUCCAGUCACGUCUACAACUGAAGAUCCAACCGCAUUUUCUACAACCACAUCAUCGGAUUCUUCCCUAUCGACCUCGGAGUUUACAACAUCAACACUAUACACAACCAAUUUAGCGUCGACAUCCGACUCCCCAGGAACUACAUCACUGUCCCCUUCAUCUGACCUCACGUCAGAGACUACGUUUCCAGCAUUUACGACUAUAUCAGAUGUGACCAGCACUGCAGUGGAGCCCACAACAGAGACAACAUCACUUUCAACUGAGUCAACCUCACUAGCAGCCAUCUCCUUAUCAACAACAUUGUCACAGUCUGAAUCGUCGGAAGCUGUCUCAGAGUCCACGCCGGAUGUCAUAUUGAGCUCUACAUCAGCGGGAGAGUCAUCUUCCGUAGAGUUUAGCACAAUCGCGACAACCGAAAGCUUCUUGCACACCGAUAUGUUAACCACAGAGACGUUGACUACUGUAAUUCCAUCCACAGAGACGCCAGCCAUUGAGGCAUCAACCACUACGACCUCGGCUACCGCGAUGGAAACCACACAGGUUACUGGGUCACAAGUUUACGAAUCAACAUCUGAACUCAGCUCUCUUUCGCAUUACAGUCAGACAGCCUUGCCAUACUCUCUUUCCUCAUUUACAACUAUAAAUCUUGGAUCAAAGACACUUUCAGUCUCUGAUUCCGCUGUCACAAAGACUGCAUCUGAACCUUAUCUGCCACCAUCCAUUCUUACCCCAACUGCCAUUCACACUGCUUACCCGAUUGUAACUGUCGGACAUGCUUACACCAAGACCACGUUUGCCGAGACGGUAACCACUGUUACAUACACUACGAUCGACCCAAGCAAUACUGCAGCUCUAAUCACAACGUGCGCUCCGAUUACCCUACUCUACAGCCCUUGUGGGUGUAAACACCAGGUUUACCCAUCGGUGGAUAUGACAACUGUUGCCUGUACUCAUGGGGGUGAUAUUAUUACCCUAACAGUACCAAAAGCUACGUAUGAGACUGGCAGUGGGGGUAAUACGCACCCGAUAGUUCAAUAUCCUUCUGGUUGGACUGGAGGAUAUCGUACAGACGCUGCGGGUGAUGGGUAUCCUGUAGUGCAACCUACAGCAGGCUCACAAGGUGUUUCUAAGCCUGGCUCGAAGAACGAUCAAAGCGAGACUCUUAUACGACCCACAGGAUUACAGGAAGAUUCUCAUCCAAGCUACAAGGUCGACCAGCCUGCGAUCCCCACCUCAGCUGGAGGAUCAGAUGAUGAUACGUCUCCGGGGCAAGGAAAUACACAGCCGUCUGUUUCAGCUCAAGGUUCACAAAAGUCCAACAGCAAUGCCCCGAUUAAUCCUUCUAGGCCAUCGUCUCCAGAGAGCUUGACAACAGAGACAAGUACUAUCCGCGCUCCUCAAUUCGAGACUUCAGCAGUUCCUCCUUACCAUACCCAAGUUCCUUCAAAGCCCAAGGAUGCACCUUAUGCUACACCUGUGGCUGUUUCAGGAGCCCACAGUUAUGAGGUCUCAUCGUGGAUCACGAUGGGCGCGAUACUCGGAGUGGCUUUACUGUUGUAA